CUGCGUAUUACAGCGUUUUAGUAAGAUAGCGUGGUGUGUUAUUAUUUAACUGUUUGUGAGUAUUUUUAUAUCUUGUACUAAAUAAUAAAUUUUAUAAAAUGCCGAAAACUAAUGCCGAAAUGUGUCGUCAAUAUCGACGCAAAAAAAAUGAAAUUAAAAUGAAAAAAAAUUCAGCAAAAAGUUCAACAGAACGUAGUCGCGAGUUUCGUGCACGUAAAAAACAAUUAUUGAACAAUCAAAAUAGAUGUUCAGAUAUAAGUGUCAAUGUGACUGAUGUAAUAAAUGACCGAAGAGCGUCAGUAUCUACAAUUGAUCUACAACAUGAAUUUCGAAGGCUGAACUUGAAUCGACUUGAGACAAUUACAAAUGUUUUAUAUGAUUUCUUAAAUAAAAGAAAAGGGAUGUCACUGUUUACCUUUAACUGUCAAAGCUUACGAGCUCAUGUACAAGAUCUGCAACAUGACAAUAUAGUGUCAUCGUCAAACUUUUUAAUUCUUUCGGAGACAUGGAUGAAUAAUGAAGAUAUUGUAGACAUUCCAAAUUUUAAUAUUGUUGUUAAUUACAAAAGACCACGUACGAGGGCAGGCGGAGUAGCAAUUUAUCACAACGUAAAUGAUGGAGCCCGUGUUGUUACGCCACAAAUGGAUCUCAAUGCACAACAGCUAGAAUCAUUGUCUGUUCAGCUUUCGAAAGUUGGAGAAAUAUGUGCCUGUGAGAGCAGAAAUGACCAAGGAGAUUUAAUUUUGAUCGUAGCAAUUUACAUCUUUCCCAACCAAUCAAUAAAAUCAGUUAUUGAAUUUAUACAUGAAAAUUUGAUCAAAUAUACCCCAAAGGUAUCGCGAAUUCUCAAAAAGAAUUAUGAUAAAAUUCCGAUGAUUUUAAGUGGGGAUUUUAACAUAAAUUUUGCAUCAGAUACAGCGCUUCCUUUGAUUGAGUUUCUCGAUACAACAUUUUAUUUAAAAAUGUGUAACAAUCGCACUCAAUCAACUACAAGAUCAAAAACGGUAAUAGAUGCAGUGUUCCAAAGAUAUAUCAACCAAAUUGAAACUAAAAUAUUUGUAUCGUAUUUUAGUUAUCAUAAGCCUCUUGUAUCAUUUGUUGAAACUGAAAAUAUGGAACUUGAGUAAUAGAUUAUGUAACAUAUGUUAAAUAAAAUAUAAAAUAUCUUUUAAAAUUAA